GCGCCACAAAGACCCAGCCUGGGGGGGGCCCCCCGCGGGUCUUCGACCACCUCAUGAAUAUUCAUCGGCUCCUGAAUAUUCAUCGACUCAUGAAUAUUCAUCGGCUCGUCAUGGUGGCCUCUGAUUCGUGCCUGGGGGCCGUCCCUGUCCACUCAGGGAGCGUGAGCAAACCCCGCCCCCCCCCCCCGCAUAGCCGCUCAUGAAUAUUCAUGAGCAUGUAAAUAUUCACCGCCCAAGCGGCAGGCGGGCCGGGGCGGUUUCCGCCGGGGCGCGUCCUCUCGCUCGUUUGCCCUUUAGCCCCCGCCCACGCGCUGAUCGCUCCCCCCUCGCACCCCGGAGGAGCCCCGCCCUGGGCCACGCCCCCUUGUGCUAGGCGCUGCACAUUGUUUAUUCCGUGCCUGAGGGUGGCAGCUGGAGGCCCCAGUCACAGACCAGGAGGAGCCCGGGGACCUUGGCGCGGGACAGACGCGGAACCAAACGACAAUCCCAGUGUCACACAAGACACCGGAGGGCCCAAGGGAGCAGUAUUCGCCAGCGUGAUCUGGCACACACCAGCAGCCGAACCCCUGUCACGUAUUCACAUCGACCGCGAGGCCCAGCUCAGGCUCCAGUGCGCAAGGGCUUCCCUUGGGAAAUUGCUCCGACGCGUUGGCACGGCUCGUGACCGACGGCAGGACACCGAGAUCCAGCCGAUAACACAUUUGUUGUUCCCACGCUCCUCUGCGGCUGCGAAACCUGGGAGACCUGUCGACAGCGCCUCAAGCGUCUGGGGAGGUAUCACCAGUGAUGCCUCCGGAAGAUCCUUUGCGUCAGGUGGCAAGAUCGCCGCACUAACGCCAGCAUCCUCGCUGAAGCCAAUGUCACCAGCAUUGAAGCAAUGAUCCUCCUGCACCAACUUCGCUGGGCUGGACACUGUGCGCGGAUGCCAGACUCUCGCCUCCCAAAACAAGUCCUCUGCUCUCAGCUCGCCCGUGGUCAGAGAUCCCGUGGUGGUCAGAGGAAACGCUGCAAAGACACACUGAAAGUGUAUCUUAAGAAAACUGAUGUGGACAUCACAAACUGGAGGAGCAAGCCACCAGCCGACCCCGAUGGCGCCAUAUCCUUCAUCAGGCAGUAGCCCGCUUUGAGGAGAAGCACCUUGCCCUCAAAGCUGAAAAGAGAGAGAGAAGGAAGGAAAAAGAAAGAACUAACUUUCUCCCAGCAGGCAGCUGGCCUGCCACGAAAUGUCUGUACCUUUAGGGGAUGGGUUUGCAGUUCCAGGAUCCGACUUCUGAGUCAUCUCAGGACCCAUAUGUAAAUCCGUGCCCCAGUGCCAUGAAGCCAAGAUCUGCAUGUGGAAGUACCUGGACGUUCACUCCAUGGACCUCAUCAACAAAGCGCAGACCACCGACGAGCUGAAGAGGGUGCUGGCGGAGCUGUUCCAGCUGCAGGGCUGGGAAUCGGACCCACGGGCCGCCAUCUUGCUGGAUCUCUACUUCUACACGGUGCAGUUCAGCCGGGAGCACAGCUUCAGCCGGGAGCAAAGCUCCGCCUUCUUCACCAUCGUCAAAGACACCCACGAGGCCUGUGUGGAGACACCCCUGCCCAAUGUGGAGGAAUGUUACCGCUACUUCACCGAGCUGCUCUUCUGCCACGCCAUACGGCGGCCUCCAUUCAGCAUCGACCUCUUCAGCCAGGAGCAGCUGGCACUCAUAAGCGACUAUGUGGUGAACACCUACUUCCGCCACUUCAAGCUGUACAAGUACGCCUUCACACCGCAGAUCCGGCUGGACAUAUCGCUGUCCUACGUGGGAAUGCCAGAGCCGGAGCCCGCGGCUGAGCUGGCAGGAGAGCUGGGUGAGAGCGUGACGGCGCCUGUCCCCCCAGUGCAAGAGGAGGAAGCAGACAGUGGACCUACAGCCCCCAGUGAGAGCCCUAGGGCCCCGCUGCGGGAAUACAUCUCGGCUCAACUCUGCCAGGAGAUGGCCCAGCUGCGGCUGGCAGUGGAGGAGCAGCUACGGGCCAGCGAGGAACAGUUCAACGCCAAGCUGGCCCUGCUGGAGAAGGUGCCCAACUCCUCCAAGGGGGGCGGCCGGGGCCGCCGGAAGUGAGGGGAGAAAAGAGUGCAAUAAAGGACUCCAAUUCUA